CCGUUCCGAAGACGAAGCUCCCCUCUCCCGGGCUGCCGCCAUCCCGCUCCACAGCUCCCCCUCCUCCUCCACCCUCCACCGACGCCUCUGGCGUCUGGUCAGAGGCGGCUACCACCACCACCACCACCACCACACCACCGACCAGUUGCCGCGUUCCCGGGUCCUCACACGGCCAGCCCACCCGGACCCGGAAACCCGCGCGAGCGUAUUAAUAACGGCCACCUCUAUCUCUGUCCCGCCCCGUAGCCCACGCACAGAUUCAUUCCACGCCCCCCUCUCCCCUCGCCCGCGCUCCCAGAUCUCGCACGCCUCCCGCAAGGUACGUGGAUUCCUCCACCGACCCUCCUAAUGCUCGUGGUGUUCGAUUGAUUUGUGCGACGCUGCGAGCGGCGAGGCAACCCAUAGCCGUCUCUCUUCCCUCCCGGCUCCCGACUUGUGCGCGACUGCCGGCCGUCUUCCUCGCCCGAUACGACGACGCCUGGCCGGUGGCCGCGUGACAGCCUCACCCCGCCUAGGAUCCUGGUCGACGGCCGCCCGACGCAAGCCGCCAGCCCCACCCGCUUGCCAGAUCCCAGGCGCGCGGCGACCGGCGAGCAGCAACAACCGGCGCAGGCGCACGGCGGCAGCAGCCGUCCGCCCGCUACCCCUUCCCGUUGUGGCCUCGUUCUGGGUAAAUUUGAGCUAUGGGCACAGUUGUGGAUGCUCCAGCCGUUGUGACUGAGGAGGUCGCUGAGAACACUUUGGGUGGCAAGAAAGUUACAGUUGUAUUUGUUCUAGGUGGCCCUGGAAGUGGAAAAGGCACACAGUGUGCCAACAUUGUGGAAUACUUUGGAUUCACUCAUCUUAGUGCUGGUGAUCUUUUGCGUGCAGAGAUCAAAUCUGGCUCCGAGAAUGGAACCAUGAUUGAGAACAUGAUAAAGGAAGGAAAGAUUGUUCCAUCAGAGGUAACUAUAAAACUGUUGCAGGAGGCAAUGAUAAAAAAUGAAAAUGACAAAUUUCUGAUUGACGGAUUUCCAAGGAACGAGGAGAAUCGUGCGGCAUUUGAGAACGUUACCAAAAUUUCUCCUGCAUUCGUGCUAUUCUUUGACUGUUCUGAGAAAGAGAUGGAAAGACGUCUUUUGGGGCGCAACCAGGGGAGAGUUGAUGAUAACAUUGAGACUAUUAAGAAAAGGUUCAAAACUUUUGUGGAAUCAAGUCUACCUGUCAUAGAGUAUUAUAACUCAAAGGACAAGGUUAAAAAGAUUGAUGCUGCAAAACCAAUUCCUGAAGUGUUUGAAGAUGUCAAAACCAUUUUUGCCCCAUAUGCUCCCAAGGCUGAAUAGAGCAAUACAAGGGGCACCAUAAAGGUGGUACUUGGUGCCAUAGGCACCGCUCAAACAUAUUUGUGAUUAUGAACCCUUUAAUAUAGAAAAGUUUUGGCUCAUAUGAGCUACCAGCAUAUCAGUAGGCAAUUCGAUUUGUUACCAGCAAUAAGUAGAUCUGAUUCCCAGCUGUCGUGGUAGAGUCACUUUUUAUUGUUGUCAGUGUACCAACCCGUCGAUGUUGUACCAGUACCAAUGUGUAAUUUACCGCAUGGACGAUGAAAACCUUCUGCCUACCCACCAGCUAUCUGGUGGCACUACGGAAAGUAAAACUGUUGCCAUAUUCUUUUUACAAGCCACUAUUCUUGUAGUCCUUCAAAUAUUACUCUUAACAGCAUUUUGCUGAACUUUUGUUUGGUCAUUUGUACAUGAUGCCCUCGUAACAUUGCAUCUGAUGUGGAUUCUGCA